UAGGAUUCUUUCAUUUCGCUUCUCUACACACAAAAACCGAUCACAGAAUUCACAUUUUCUUCAUAAAUCCUAUAACCCUUUUUUACUCCUCCAGUGAAGUGAAAAUGGCGGCGUUCUUUAGGAAGCUAGCAAAGGCGGCGGCGGCUGCACCCAUCGCUGCAUUCAGGAGAGAAGGCCAUUAUUCCAAGUCUAAUUUUGCUAACCCUAGCUUCCCCUUUGGAGCUAUUGCUGCCGUUGCUGGUUGUGUUUCCUACUAUUACUCCUCUUCUUCUCCUCAUUUGGUGUAUUUGGAGCAAAUCAAUGAAGAUUCUGGUCAAAAAGUUGCUCUAAAUCCUGAUAAAUGGAUUGAAUUUAAGCUGCAAGAUCGAGCACCAGUUAGCCACAAUAGUCAUCUGUUCAGGUUUUCAUUCGAUCCUUCUUCAAAGUUAGGUCUUGAUAUUGCAUCUUGCAUUCUUACGAGGGCACCGAUGGGAGAAAAUGCCGAAGGAAAACCAAAAUAUGUCAUUCGACCUUAUACUCCUAUAUCUGAUCCAGAUUCCAAGGGAUACUUUGAUUUGUUAAUUAAGGUUUAUCCUGAAGGGAAAAUGAGCCAGCAUUUUGCAAGCUUAAAACCAGGCGAUGUACUUGAAGUGAAAGGGCCCAUUGAGAAACUGCGUUAUAGUCCAAACAUGAAGAAACAUAUAGGCAUGAUUGCAGGGGGCAGUGGCAUCACUCCAAUGCUCCAGGUGAUAGAGGCCAUUCUUAAAAACCCUGACGAUAAUACUCAGGUCUCGUUGAUUUAUGCUAAUGUGUCACCUGAUGACAUACUGCUAAAGAAGAAGCUUGAUGUACUUGCGGCAACUCACCCGAAUCUCAAGGUAUUUUACACUGUAGAUAGUCCAACCAAUGAUUGGAGAGGCGGCAUCGGUUACGUAUCGAAGGACAUGAUUGUGAAAGGACUACCUCCGCCCAGUGAUGAUACACUUAUCCUUGUAUGUGGCCCUCCUGGGAUGAUGAAACAUUUAUCUGGCGAAAAGCCAAAACCUCGUGAGCAAGGCGAGCUAACUGGACUACUCAAGGAUGUUGGCUUUACAGAAAACAUGGUUUACAAAUUUUAAUUAGUUUGUUAACUUUACAUCCCCUUAUCUUUUUAUUGAAUAAAAGAAUUUUGAAGAAACACAAUAUCCUACAUUAACAUAAUCCGAGGGUUUGGACGAGCAUUCAGGAUGUUUUUUCCCAGAACAUCUAGAAAAUACUUAUUUUAGGGGGAAAAUAAAAAAAGCUUGAUAUCUGUCCACUCUUGGUUACCCACUGUAACUGAAUUUGUGGAGGUAAAUUUCUCUUUUAUUUCUUUAUAUUAUACGUCUUUUUAUAAUUUCA